CAAAGUGGAGUAGUUAGUGAUUAUAUACUUGCAUUGUAUACUUGAAUUAAUUAUGUAGCACUUUACAAAAGCUUUUGCCAAAAGAUUGCACUAUUUUUGCCUAUAUAUAUGUACGCAAGUGCAUGCAUGCUUUAUAAUUUUGUAGUUAACAAUUUCUCUAACACUUAGCUAACUUAACUUUUUUUAUUUUCAAGAAAAAAAGAAAACAAUGGGGUCUUUGUUUGAUCUGUUUUUUGUUGCAUCAAUGCCUAUUUUGAAGGUUCUUUUGAUCACUGCCUUAGGCUUGUUUCUUGCCAUUAAUCGUAUCGACAUCUUGGGAGAGACGGCUACACAUCAUCUUAACAAAGUUGUGUUCUUUGUUUUUGGUCCUGCACUAGUCGGUAGCAACUUGGCCAAGACAGUCACCAUCAAAACCUUUCUUACUUUAUGGUUUAUGCUAGUAAACAUCCUCCUUACAUUUAUAUUGGGAUCAGCAAUGGGUUGGGUACUUGCUAAGUUUACGAAAGCUCCAAAGCACGUCAAAGGCCUCAUUUUGGCAUCUUGUUCUGCUGGAAAUCUAGGGAAUAUGCCUAUCAUCAUCCUCCCUGCAAUGUGCAAAGAGAAAGGCAGUCCUUUUGGAGCACCCGAUGAUUGCGAGCGCUAUGGUCUAGCUUAUGCUUCACUGUCCAUGGCGAUAGGAACUAUAUACUUUUGGCUAUAUGCCUACAACAUAGUUCGAAUUUCUUCAAAGGAGGCAAUAGCAAGUGCAGGUGUAAUUGAUGAAACAGUGAUGAAUGUGCAACCACAAGGAGAACCACCCUUACAUUCUUCAGAUAAUUACGCUCUUGAAGAUCCGGGCCUCUCCAACUCCUCUUCUAAAUCAAUGGUUAAAUCAUCUUCCAGGGUAAAGCAAUGCUUAAGGAUUAUCUCCAAAGAGUUCAACCUCAAGGCAAUUUUGGCACCUUCAACUAUUGGAGCGAUGGUUGGAUUUUUUAUUGGGACGAUUUCUCCACUUCGUAAGCUGCUCAUGGACAACACUCUUCAUGUUGUUGGAGACACAAGUUUCAUGAUUGGAGAUGCAGCCAUCCCCUGUUCAAUAUUGAUACUCGGCGCCAACCUCCUAAGAGGUUUAAAGGGAUCAGGAAUUCGAGUUACAACAAUUAUAGGAAUAAUAGCAGUUCGGUACAUAUUCUUACCCUUGUUGGGUAUUCUUGUUGUUAAAGGCGCUGUUCUAGCUGGGUUUGUGCAAUCUCAUGAUAUAUUCCUUCAGUUUGUUCUUCUGCUUCAGUUUGCCCUUCCUCCAGCAGUAAGCAUCAGUACAGUGACAGAGCUGUUUGGAGCAGGUCAGAAUGAAUGUUCAGUUAUCAUGCUUUGGACUAAUGUUUUGGCUCCGAUAACACUCACUCUUUGGUGCACAUUCUUUCUCUGGCUUCUGGCUUAACGGGUCCGACCGCUUCUUAGAACCAAAUCUUUCUCACUAGACAACAUCAGUGAAUGGCUAACAAUGGAAUUAUGCAGACAUGAAGACGUCGUCUUCAGAACUACAUUGUUUGUACUUGUACAGUAGGCAAUUUAUCUUUAGAAGAUCAGAUUUAUUAGAACAUAGAUAGAAAUUUGAAGAGAACUCCAGGUCUCCUACAAACAUUCUGGUUUUUACUUCACUAUUUUGAUGUAAUUCCUUCAUAAGUCCAUUUGAUCUUGUUUAACUGUCUUACUAGGAAAAAUUUAAGACCAGAGGAAUGAUAAUUAGGUUUGUUAAAAAUAUUGUCUCCACAACCUUUUUUUAUUCCCAUUUCAAGUUCAUCUGUCUUCAAAAGUUCUU